CACUUUUUUUGUUUUGUAAAGUUGUUAGACGCAGGAAUGGGUAAGAAACGCCGAUUGCCAGUUGUAGAAGUUGGCGAAGGACCCUCGAGUUCACGACAGAGAGGGGAGGAGCUGCAAGCCGCCCAUACUAGUGAUGCUGGGUCACAACCCACAGGAAAGGAGAGGGACCAUCCAUUGACAAUUGUGCAAGUUGGCCAAGGUUCAUCACGCUCACGAGACAUCAUGCAGGAGGAGUUAAGGGCCGCCUAUGAUGCUGAGCACGCAAGAUGGGAGGAAGGAGAUGAUUAUGAUGAUGAUGAGACACAGCCGCCUUCUGCAGGUAGUUAUUCGUACAGUGCAAAAUAUUCUUAG